CUAGAGGUCUCCAUCCUUCAGCAUCCCCUCAUCAUCCACCUAUUCGCCCUCCUCCUCCUCCUCUCUGGCAUUUUGUGCAGCGGAGGAGGAAAGGAGGAGAGACUGCUGAGGAGGAGACAGAGGGGACCCUGAGACAACACGUCCCACGCCAGAGCCAGACAGCCAGGGAACUUUGAUUUGACGCCAAGUAGCCUGCGAUGAAAAUGACGAUGAAGAGAAAGAGCCACGUUUCUUCUUCUUCUUCUUCUUGGGAGGCUUAGAUAUUUCGGGCGUGUGCAACAUAUGAUGUCCUUGGACUCAUAUGCUCAAUGAAGAUUUAUUUAGGCUAUCUCUGAUUUCGCUCCUCUAUUCGCUGAUGGCGCUGCUUCGUUCUGCCCGCACUUAGGUCAGCCCAAUGAAUGUGAAGGCAGUCUGAGCGCAUUGUUUCCAGCUCCGUUUGCAUAUGGGAUUUCCAGCCGUGAUGUCUGCAAUAUUUCGCUCUUUGUUUCUGGUUCUAUUCAGCCUGUUGUCAGUGGGUGCCCAGACGGAGAUGAAGAAGGUUGUCGGAGACAAUGCCACCUUACCAUGCCACCACCAGUUCCCGUCGUCCAACUCUCUCGACAUAGAGUGGCUACUGCAGAAACCAAACUCCAGACAAAAAGUGAUCAUUACCUUCUUUGGGGGCCAGGUGUACACCAAUGAGGCGACGGGCAGCGAGGCCAGCCGUCUGUCCUUUGCUGGGGAGUACCUGGCUGGAGACGCCUCCCUGCUGAUCAGUGACCUGCUGCUGACUGACUCUGGGGAAUACCACUGUAAAGUCAAGACUGGGGGAAAGUACCACUGGAGCCAGGUCAACCUCAUUGUGCUGGUCAAACCUUCCAAGCCGAGGUGCUGGAUGGAUGGCAAACUCCUGGAGGGCAGUGAUGUCAAGCUGAGCUGCAAGUCCAGCGAUGGUUCUGACCCCAUCAACUACAAGUGGGAGCGAGUACUAGACAAAGGCAAGAGUCUGGGCAAAUUGCCAAACCUGGCACUGAUAGAUCUCAAGAACCCAGAGCUUGUGACCCUGAGGAAUCUCACCAUGGACAGCACAGGAGUCUACAGAUGCACAGCGAGCAAUGACGUGGGAGAGGAAAACUGUACCAUUGAAGUCACAAUGCAACAUGUGAGGGAUAUAGGCAUGGUAGCAGGUGCAGUGGUGGGAAUAUCCCUUGGUGUCCUCAUUGUCAUAUUAAUCAUCUGGCUCGUCUUCCGGAAGAAAGAGAAAAAGAAGUAUGAGGAGGAGGAGACACCAAAUGAGAUCAGGGAGGACGCGGAGGCUCCAAAGGCCAAGCUAGUGAAGCCCAACUCCCUCUCCUCAUCCCGCUCCGGCAGCUCACGCUCCGGUGCCUCCUCCACCCAGUCCAUGGUGCACAACAGUGCCCUGCGUGGUCACCGCCCGCGCCCACCUGCUGUAGCAGCUGUGAAGGAAAAUGGACAGCCUCCAGGCUUCCCCCAGUCCCCUCCAUCCUACACUUCAGUGGUGCCCAAGACCCCCGAGCCCCCUGCCACUCCCAAAUACAACUCCAGGAACAUGUCUGGGCCCACACCCCCAACCCUCAUGGUCCCCGCCCAGACCAAGGCCUUUCAGACUGUGUAGGACUGAAAGCCAACCACUUCCUGCAGCCAUGUGAGACUCCCAUCCCAGCCCAAGCCCCUAGCCCCCUUCCCAAAGACUAAGACUCUUCCAUAGACAAAGAAAUGCAACUAGUUAAAAGGAUGUAAUUAAAAGAAUCAAUACUAUAAGUCCAAAAGUACUUUCAAUGAAUGCAUACUUAAAAAGGGAAAAUAAGACAUGUCUGCCCCCUACUGAAUUACAUUAAACAACAAAACAAAAAGCAAGACCUGAGAUGCAACCGUGUUCGUGUCUCAUGGCUAAAGGCAGAACUUAUUUUCUGAGUUCCGUCUUUUGGCUUUGGAAGGCACAGGGAAGUGUCGAGUGCAGCAAGGGGGAAUGAGCCCCCUAUAGUAGUAGAGCUUUUAUUUAUUUAUCAAAUCAAAGGGUGAGGCAUGCAGUAGAGAAAAAAAGGAACACAGUAAAGGCUGGAUGAUGAAGUAGAUCCAAGACAGAUACCAAUGGAGUUAUACAGCUGUCAAGCUUUGGUUGUCGAAAAAUACAAGAUGCAUAACAAGCAGGGCGGAAACAAGGAGGAAGAAAGUGCGAGAGUGGAAGACAGCUACUGAUUCUUUUUUCCGUGGGAGGAGGGUGGGAUGAGUCUCUGAUUCAUGUCACCCUGCACCUCUGACUCGCUAUCUCCAGCACCUGCUCUGAAACCACAAACCCUUUUGCCUCCCAUGGGCUGGGCCGAUUGUGCCCAUCCAUGUGAACAGACACAGUGUGCGGCGUGUGCAUCAUCUGCCUCAGUGCUCUCGGUCUUUUCGUGCUCUCAUAAUGAACCCGUGAGAAACCACAGCGGUCCUGAGACUGACUCAGCUGGCUCACAAACAGCUCAUCUGCUUUACCAAUCAGCAGGGGAAACUUCAGGUGUAAGGAUGUAGCAUUGACAGUGGAGUCAGAUCAAUGGAGUUAAUACCCCCCUCCCACAUCCUGUCUACAGAUAUCCUUUUUCUGGUACUGAAUAUCUUUCCUGAAUAAUUAAAUAGUAUGUAUUAGGCCUAUAGCAAGUAAAAUACUUUAAAUAUAGGGGAUAAGAAUCUAUUAGACAAGCCGGAAUUGUUUUUCUUUGAUUGUUUUUCUGUUUUCCUGUGUUUCUUCUCUCUGAACAGGUUGUAAAGGGUGACAGACAGCUAUAUGUCCAUGCUAUGUCAUCCAUAUUAAGAAGUGCCACCAAUCCCUAGGAUGGGUUAUUAUUUGUUUGCUUUUUUUACUCUUUUGUUUACCUGCUACAUUUCUGAACCAAAAUCAAAAUCUGUCACCAUGAAUGUGAGAUGUAGAAAGAUGGUGGAUCCCAUUAUUUUCUGCUCCCUAUAAGGUACUGAAUCAAUACUCGAGCUAAGGCACAAAGAAUUGACUUUGACGUUCAAUUUUACAAUUCCUAUGUCUGAAUGAAGGGAGCGAAGAGUAUGAUUCUAGAGACUUCAAUUGUAUAGGCUGUGUACGGUAUCAUUGUCAGUACUCUCCCUGGAUCCAUAAAAAUGGAGUGGCACUUGAUUGCUGUCUCGCUGAAUCACCAGGGCCUGCUUGGUUAUUGGUCGAGCUGAGCCAAUUCUCUUUUAGUCGUAUCCUCAGACCGGCCGAGUGAGAUUUGAUUGAAAGUAUCUGAAAAAAGGGGGAAAGUAGCCUAUCUAGUGUGCCUUUGCAAUCCCUCUUCUCUUCUGGUUUCUUUCUGUGUCCUUAUCUUCAGCACACCAGUGGUUGAGUCUCUGUUCACAUCCAGCUUUGAGGGUCAACAGUAGCAAAUACUGAGAGAUACAACUUCACAAAAUGUGCCCUAGAAAUAACAGAUGCAGCCUAGGGAGCACCAAGCAGAGUUAAUUAUCCAUGGUGAGAAAGCAAUCCCAUGCCAUGGGACAAUGUACUGUACAUUCUGUAAUCAGUCUUGUUUUAUAUUGUACAUACAGAUAAAUAUACGCACAUGAUGUCAUUUAAUUUAAUAAAUGAGGGUAUGUGAGGGGAGCUAUACCCCUUACAAAAGAGUCAAAUGGGAAACCCAAAAGUGAAUUUAAAAUGUGUUUUGUUUUUUGUACACAUGUUGUGUGAACAAGUUAAGCCCCAUAUUCUGAUGUCACCUUUUGACAUUGUUUAUAUUUGAACUAAGUAUUCAUGUGAAACAAACAUAUACAUCUAAUGAGUGCAAGUGUAGAAAAAACAAUCUAGAUAAUCCUAGAUAUCUUCACAACUCCUGGCCAGAUUCUCAUGAGAUGUUGAAUGAAAUUUAUUGAUCCCCCUGAGGAUUCUUCUGAUUUUUGGUGACCCCUUGACAUUUCCUGAGGCACCACCAGUGGGUCAAAAUUUCCCCUUAACCAGAAAUUGGGCAUUGAUCUUGAAAAGUAACUGCCAGAUUUUCAUAAAAUCUGCUACAAGUAUUUAUAGUCAACACAUAAUAAAUAUUUUGGUGAACCCUGACCUUUAAUCUGGCACUCCAUCCAUAUCAAAAUGACAUGUUGUGGGGCUGUUUAUACUGUCAAAGGAAAUAAGCUGUUUUUAUUUGUUUUUAUGACUCUCAGGACAAACUAAACAAUUUAAGGUCCACUACUGGUUCUAAGAAGAGACAUUUCUCAGUAUAACACUUUAAUAUUAUAGCUAGUACUGAAUAUUACUAUUCUCUCUGGGCCGAUAGUGUGUAAGUGCUAAAAUAGUAGUAGCUAAACGUAACUGGCAUGUUAACACGGGCAUACUGCGCAUGUGUCAACACACAGACGGUUAUUUGAACCCUCCUAUAACUGCACAUUGUAGUGAAUAAAUAUAAUGCCAAAGGCAGCAAUAAAAUACAUAAAAAAUCAUUCUACACAAAGACGUGACUCAUCUUAUAAAUAACGAGAUGUAACCCAAACCCUGUCAUUUAAACUAUUAUUGCUACCUAGCUAGCUGCUAACUGAAGUGUUGACGCUUGCGCAGUUUGCCAGUUUUCGUGGUUUCGGUGAAUCGUUCAGUAACUACAUUCUAGCACUUAUCCCAGUAGCUACAGUAGCCCGGUAGCUUAAAUUUUGUUUCACUUCUAAAUCUAAAGUUUCAGACUGAAGUAAAACUUGUCACACAAGAUGAAGUAAUUCAACCUCAAAUGUUCUGAAACCCAACAUCUGUGUGAGAAGCACAUAUGGUUUGACUUCACAUGCGGGAUUUCACAUGCGACUUAACUGUAAAGGAAGAUGAGAAAAAAUUGCCUUUUAUAUUUAACUAAAGACAGCGGUUCAUAUUUAAGCAGGGAAGCUACUGAGUGUGUGUGUCUGUGUGUGCGUGCUUGCGUGCAUGCAUGCAUGUUUGUGAAUGGGUGUGAGUGUGUCUGUGUGGGUGUGUGCAUGUAAACUCAGUAUAAGCCCUUGGGCCACACCCACAUAUUCCCAUGUUAUCCAUUCAAUGAGAGAGAAGGAUCCAGUCAGGCAAAGUAACCUCUAUCCAAAUUGAUAUGACUGCAGACUGGCAGUGUUUAUUUUAGCUUUCACUGACUUCUAUGCCUAUUAACCUUGGCUGCAGGCACAAGUCAUGUUUUUCUGGGGGUUGUGUCUCGAGACAAAGCACGUCCAUAAUUCAUAAUAUUGUCAGCUCUGGAGGCCACUUGUAUGCUCUCUCCUUGCUCUUGCUGUCUCUUAACAUAGAAUGCACUUGGCCCUGGGUGUACCGAUGGAAUCUAAAGGCACACACACACACACACACACACACACACACACACACACACACACACACACACACUUAAUACAAAAAACAUCAAAGUUGUAUAUACACACACAUAAACAGGUACACGUGGCACAUUCAGGUCCGCACAGAAACAAGGGUGUGUGCUUCAUGCACAUUCACAGUUGCAUGCAUUUGCUCACAAACACACACACACACACACACACACACACACACACACACACAACACACACACACACACAUGGUUUGCACAAACAAAAGCCCAAACAGCAGUCCUUGUUAUUUCUGCUCCUUCAGAAUCAAUUUUAAUGGAUCGAAUGUCUGAAGGUAUUACAACUUACCGAUGGAGCCAGGAUACUAAAUGCAGCACAGAAAGGGACACACUACUCUGCAUCACCCAGGAAACAUGUGACACACACACACACACACACACACACACACACACACACACACACACACAUACAUACAUACACAUACAGAGAUACACAGAUAUAACAGCUACUGUAACAAAACACACACAUGCAUGCAAACACACAUGCACUCCGGAAUACAAACUCUGCUAUGCAUCUUAACAAUCUGGAUAGCAUAUGCUUUAAGACUUUUCUUCCAUGAGAAUCUGCGAGAGUAGUACUGGGAAUCAGAAGAGGUAUAACAGGAUUGAUUAUGAGCCAGGCCUAUAGGCUCUUGCCGUUGAAAUUCCCUCCACUGCAGAUAAAAGUAGCAGUGGAGGUGGAAGAUGGGAUGCAAGUCUUCCAGCUGUUAAAUUCCUCCAAGCUUUUUGAUUUCCUUUCCAGCAACUGCAAGUCUCAGGUGGCAGAUUCCCCAGUUUAUGAGCCGUCGCGUUGCAUCUCUCUUCUCAUGUGUGUAGCUUUGUGGCCUGACAAACUUGCGCUCUUUCCAACAAAUUAAUUUUAAGGAGCGUUUGUCAGUUCAGUAGAGAGUGGAGGAGGAAAGUCUUAACACACCUCAGUGUCAGCAGCACAUUCAAUAUCGUUCUUUAAAACAGGAUCCAUCGGCACUAUAUAUUGUCUUAUUAUCAACACUCAAAGGUGCAGUAAACAUAAAAUCAUUAAAAUGGUUAUCCUGCGUUAUAUGAUAGGAGUAUGAAUCUCAUGUAGCCACUAUGUUUUAUGUCCUAUUAAGCCGUUUUCUUUCUGAUUAAAGCUGUUGAGCAGGGCAAAGUGAUGCUCAGACUUUUUGCGGUUUGGCCUUGUAUGUCAGUAUAGGGGAAUGUGAUGUAUUGUUACUUUUGAGAGAGGAGAUGGAAGAGGCUGUAGUUACCCUCAAGAAGGAAAGCAAAGUUACCUGCAUGUCAUAAGAGAUUGAGCAGACGAACGGGAAUGCUUUGCUUUGAUGUAACAUAAUUGUAUUCGGCUAAAAAUAGAAGAAAAAAAAAAAAAAAAGAAAAGAAAAUCUACAGUUGUAAAUAUAUUCACAGAAAACUUUAUGAAGCUUUAUUUUGUCUUCUUUAUUUGGAAUUUAUCAUCCAUGUACUUUGCACUUUUAUUUGUGUGCUAUGCUCAUCACCGGCCUGUGUGGGAUCUGUGUGGUUGGCUGUUUCUCUUGACUACAUUGUUUCGAUGUCAGGGGGAGACACACUCAGCGCGGCGUCAAUAAAUGGAAAUGUAAGACACUUUGGUUUUCUUUACUCUCAUCUGUUUUUUCUGCCGUGGCUUCUCUUUGGUUUUAUAAAACAGUACGGAAUUGUUUUGUUUGUUAGUUUGAUGAAAACAAUCCAUGUAAAUAUCACAAGUAAAAAAAUGUAUAUUUUUACGACUUCUGAGUUAUUACUCUUUCAUUUGCAAAUAAAAUAUUCAAUGACAACUUCA